AUGUCGAACAAACUCAUCGGAGAAAUGAGACUUCACAAGAAAAUCUCCAACAUAUUCGCCGCACGAAACAUCAUCACCGCCAAGGAUGCAUUAUCGAUGACGGAAUUCGAACUAAUGGAGCUAUUAGAUGUUGGCAUGAAGGAGAUCAAAUCGGCGAUUACACUCAUCAGUGAAGCUGCCUCUCCACCAUGUCAAUCUGCUCGAUCUUUGCUGGAGCAAAAAGUGGAAAACGAACACUUGUCAGGUCAUCUUCAAACCCAUUUGAAAGGAUUAGACGAAUCACUGUGUGGUGGAAUACCUUUUGGUGUUCUUACAGAGUUGGUAGGUCCUCCUGGUAUUGGCAAAUCACAGUUUUGCAUGAAACUUGCUCUAUCAGCUUCGUUUCCAGCAGCUUAUGGAGGAUUAGAUGGUCGUGUGAUAUACAUAGAUGUUGAGUCCAAGUUUAGCUCCAAGAGGGUGAUAGAGAUGGGAUUAAAAAGCUUCCCUGAAGUGUUUCACCUUAAAGGAAUGGCACAAGAGAUGGCAGGAAGAAUCAUUGUUCUGCGGCCAACUUCUUUAUCUGAAUUUACUGAAAGUAUACAAGAACUAAAGGAUUCGAUUCUUCAGAACCAAGUAAAGCUUCUAGUGAUUGAUAGUAUGACUGCUCUUCUUUCAGGCGAAAACAAACCAGGAGCUCAGAGACAGCAUCAUCAGUUGGGUUGGCAUAUUUCUUUCUUAAAAUCGCUUGCUGAGUUUUCACGGAUUCCUAUAGUGGUUACUAAUCAAGUUCGAUCUCAAAACCGCGAUGAAACUAGUCAGUAUUCUUUCCAAGGAAAACCAAAAGAAGGGUUUCAUGAACACACAAGUACAUAUGACUCUCAUCUUGUUGCUGCAUUGGGUAUCAACUGGGCUCACUCUGUAACCAUCCGGCUGGUUCUUGAAGCCAAAUCAGGUCAGAGAAUCAUUAAGGUGGCGAAAUCUCCUAUGUCUCCUCCUUUAGCCUUCCCGUUCGAGAUAACAUCAGCUGGAAUCUCAUUGCUUAGCGACAAUGGGACUGAAGUUAAAGGCCCUGAUAUUAACACCAUUCAUGCUCGAGGGCACAGCGACAUGAUUAACUUUCAUGGGGACUGA